AUGCGGCCAUUAACGCUCCUCCCCUCCAUAGCGUUGCUAGCGCUCACCGCCUCCGCCGCCUCUCCCAGCGCACCCACACCCUCCGCCGCCGCCGCCGCCGCCGCCUCCGCCUCAUCCCCGCCGAACGCCGACGCCCCGCUCCCCACAAACCUCCCCACGCUCCAAGAGCUCAAACGCCGCAGCGGGACCCCCGCCCUGGCGCUCAACAAGCGCCAGACCUCCUGCCCCACGAGCUAUGUCAACUGCAAUGACGGCUACUGCUGUCCGUCGGGAAACAUCUGUAUAAGCGGUGGCUACUGCUACGACUCCAGCUACUCAAACAGCGACGCAAUGAUCUCCUCAAUGCUAGCAGACUACACCACCAACGGCUACUACUCCUCCAUCUACAACUCCUACCUCUCGCAAAUGGGCAUCAGCACCGAAGCCGCGGUCCGCACCGGCUCCUCCGCCUCCCCCACUGGCGGCUCCUCCUACUCCUCCUCCGACACAACCUACGACAACACCUACACCGGCUCCUCCUCCUCCUCCUCCUCCAGCACAAGGACUAAGAAGAAGUCAAACACAGGCAUGAUCGUCGGCAUCGUCGUCGCCGUCGUCGCCGUCGCCAUAAUCGCCCUCGCAGCAUGGUUCUUCAUCCGCCGCCGCAACAAGAAGCGCGCCGCCGCCGCCGCAAUGAACCCCCCGCAGCCGCUCAUGACAACCGUCAUGCCCCCACCCCCACCCUCGCAGCCGCCGACGCCCGCACCAUACAACGGCUACAUGUCGCCGCCGCCGCACCCGCCGCCAGUGCAGGACCAGAAGCCGCCCAUGGGCGGAUACUUUGGUGCCGGGCAGCCGCCGCCGCCGCCACAGGGCGUAGUCGAGGCUGUCGGCGACUCGGCGUACUACCAGCAGCAGCAACAGCAGCAGCAGCCGCAGCAGGAUUAUGGUCAGCAGUACAACCAGCAGCAGCCGCAGCAGUAUGGGCAGCAGCAGCAGUAUGGCCAGCAGCAGUAUGGCCAGCAGCAGAUGUAUGGGCAGCAGCAGCAGCCGAUGUAUUCCAACACGACGCCGAGCACGGUGAGUGCGCAGAGCCCCGGCGUGGCGCCGAGCGAGCUGGGCGGAAGCCAGCAUAUGAUUAGUCCGCAGGUGACGGGGUCGACGACGGCGGGGAUGGGCGGGAUGGGGGGGCAGCAUCAACCACCGCCGCCGCCGCCGCCGCCGCAGGGGAACGUGUAUGAGAUGCAUGAGGACAAUUAUAGGUCCAUGUAG